AUUGUUUGACAACCGAAAGUAUGUUUGGCUAGAAAAGUGCACACCACAUGGUCGAUUUGCCUAUUCAUCCACGAAUUUAUGAAAAAAUACAGCUUUUUAAUAGCUAACUCACAGCGAGCACCAUUUCAGAGAAUGUUGAUGAACUUAUAAAUAGACUUGAGACCGAAUUGUCCGCCGGUCAUUUUAUCACUUUAUUUUAUUUUUAAGUAAUAAAACCUUUUAUUGAUAUAAGAAUCAUAUGAUGAUUCUUUUUAAUGUGAAAUAUAUUUUUAUCUUGCAACUUUUUUGCCAUGAUAGUCUUUCAGUUUAUUUAAGUGAUAUACAAUUGGUAAGAAAUCGCCGUCAAUUUUUUCAGCAAGAGCUAACAGAUUGCCAAACCAGAAGAUUGCACAACCCAAUACAAUCAAAACCUGCUUGCAAUGAUGAUGGGAGUUAUCAAUCCUACCAGUGUGAAUUUGAAUCUUUACCUCAUAAAAGAGAAUGUUGGUGUGUAUAUCCAAAUGGACAAAUGAUAAAAGGAACAAUAAAAAUAUUUGAUGGAAGUUAUCCAGAAAAGUUCCAAAAAGAGUGCAAAUAUAAGUUAGAUGAUUUGAUAAAGCAAAAUAAACCGUUUCCACCAGAUCCUAGCCCUUUAACACUUGAACCAGAUCCAAGGUUAGGAGUUAAAUUAGAAUCACAACGGUUAUCAAUAGUUGAUCCAUUUAUAUACAAUAUGCUUGCGGCAAGUUGGGAUCCAAUAAUGGGACAACCACCGUGUCCAUUUUCUUGUCCUUUUCCGUGCCAAUACCCAUGCAUAGAUAAAACCCAACAACUUAAAGUAACUCAAUUUUGUCCGCAAAAUUGCGCACCUAAUUGUCCCAGUGAUUGUAUACCGCAAAUGUAUCAAAAUGCAUGUCCACAAAAUUGUUUACCAAAUAGCUGUCCACCUGGAUGUCAACAAACAUUAUCAGGAUACCAAAACACACCACGUCCAAUUUGUCCGCAACCUUGUUUGCAAAACUCUUGUCCAAUAGCAUGUCAGUUACAGAUGAUGUUACCGACCACACAACUUUUAUGUCCUCAACCUUGUAAUGGACAAAGUUGUCCUGUAGGUUGUCCUAUUACAUCAGCGUCAUUUCCUUUAUCAUGUCCACGCCCUUGUCCAGUUCAAAGUUGUCCAAUUGGAUGUCCUACAACAAAUAGUUUUAGUGUUAGUUUAGUAGAACCCAAAAUGUUCCCUUUAACUCAAUCACUGAAUCCCACAAAUAACUGUCCUAACCCAUGUUUCAACCCAUGUCCAUCAGGAUGUACUCCUUAUAUCGGCCCACCUACAAAAUCAAAUAAUUGCCCAAACCCAUGUUUUCAACAAUCAUGCCCAAGUGGAUGUACAAUUACUCAACAACUUUUAUGUCCUCAACCCUGUCAAGUUCCGAACUGUCCUCAGGGUUGUCCAACUACAAUAGCCCGAAAUCCAUCAAUAUGUCCUCAACCCUGUCAAGGACAACAAUGCCCGCAAGGUUGUCCAAUUACCAUGAAUGUUGGAUUAAUUCAAAAAAUGUGUCCACAACCAUGUCAACAACCAAAUUGUCCAAACGGAUGCCCAAUGACAACUUCUAUUUUUCCAACAAUGUGUCCAUACCCGUGUCCUCAACAAGGAUGUCCAUUAGGAUGUGGCUUACAAAUUCAAAGCCCUCAAUUACCAGUUAAUCAAUGUCCACAACCGUGUACUCCACCAAGCUGCCCUUUAGGAUGCCUCAUCUCUCAAGGUCCUGUAUUAAAACUGUUUAACUCCCAAAAUGGCUGUCCAAAACCAUGUUUACCGAACUCUUGUCCAUCUUUUUGUUUAAACACUCCUAGUUCACAAUACUGUCCUCAGCCGUGUACACCACCCACAUGUCCAGCAUUUUGUCCGCAAACAUUAGCAAAUGCACCAGCUAUGUGUCCAAAUCCUUGUCGUGGAGUAAGUUGCCCUUCAGGAUGCCAGCAAACUCAGAUUCAACAAUCUACACAGAUCUUGUGUCCUCAGCCAUGUAACCCACCUUUGUGCCCUACCAAUUGUCCAGUGACAAGCAACACUUUGCCGUCAAUGUGCCCUCAACCGUGUAACCCACCAAGUUGUCCUCAAGGCUGUCAACAGUCACCGAGAAGAAUGUACUUUUCAGCUCAAUCAAUGCUUGGAGAUCUAUUGCAACAGUUUGGAUGUCCACAGCCAUGUCUUGCCCCUUUUUGUCCUGCCGGAUGUUCAAUAUCUGAAGGAACUAUUAGUAUUGUCCAAUCACCACCUCAAACACAAUCUUGUCCUCAACCUUGUGUAGCACCGUCAUGUCCUUCAUUUUGUCCACAAACGUUAGCAAACACACCAGCUAUGUGUCCAAAUCCAUGUCAAGGAGUAACUUGCCCUAUUGGAUGUCAACAAUCGGUUAUUAAGCAGCAACAGCCUCAGCAAACGGUAAUGUGCCCACAACCUUGUAAUCCACCACUUUGUCCAAGCAACUGUCCAACUACUGAUAAUACUUUUCCACAACUAUGCCCGCAGCCUUGUCAGCAACCAAGCUGUCCUCAAGGUUGUCUACAAACUCCAAGAAGAAUGUACUUUUCUCCUCAAGUUAUGCUUGGGGACAUUAUCCAACAAUCUGGAUGUCCAGAACCAUGUGUUUUACCAACAUGUCCAGCUGGAUGUUUGAUAUCUGAUGGAGCCAUUCAAAUAGUAUCACAACCCCAGCUUCAGUAUUGUCCUCAACCUUGCGCACCACCAUCCUGUCCAUCGUAUUGUCCACAAACAUCAGCAACUACGCCAACAACAUGUCCAAACCCUUGUCAAGGAGCUACUUGCCCAUUUGGAUGUCAACAAUCACAAAGUUUGCAACAAAUAAUGUGCCCUCAGCCAUGUGUGCAACCUCAAUGUCCAAGUAAUUGCCCAGUUACUAGUAAUAAUUUUCCUUCUAUGUGCCCACAACCUUGUCAACCACCAAGCUGUCCUCAAGGUUGUCAGCAAACUCCUAGAAGAAUGUACUUUUCUCCUCAGGUAAUGCUUGGUGAUUUAAUACAGCAAUCUGCUUGUCCACUUCCAUGUCUUCCACCAUCUUGCCCCUUUGGAUGCUCUAUUUCUGAAGGAGUCCUUAAUAUAUUACAAGAACAACAGCAACAACAAUUUUGUCCUCAACCUUGUUUGCCACCUACGUGCCCAUCAUUUUGCCCACCAACUUUAUUCAAUACACCACCAACAUGUCCAAAUCCAUGUCUGGGAGCAAGUUGUCCGCAAGGAUGUCAACAAUCCGCAAAUUCUCAACAACUGCAGCAACAGCAACUGUGUCCUCAAUCUUGCCAACCACCAAAUUGUCCUCCGGGUUGUCAACAGCCCCCAAGAAGAUUAUAUUUCUCUCCUCAAGUGUUGUUAGGGGAUAUUUUACAACAAUCAGGAUGUCCACAACCAUGUCUUCCUCCAACUUGUCCAAUAGGAUGUUCUAUUGCCGAAGGAAUUGUUAACAUCAUACAACAACAGCAACAACAAUAUUGUCCACAACCUUGUAUGGCUCCAACAUGUCCAUCAGGGUGUCCACAAACAUCUGCAAGUGCUCCAGCUAUGUGUCCUAAUCCGUGUCAAGGAGCAAGUUGCCCAAUAGGGUGCCAACUUACUACAAACCAACAACAACAACCACAAAUGUGCCCUCAGCCAUGUUUGCAACCAACAUGUCCAUCAUAUUGUCCGCAAACGCUAUCCAGUACACCAGCUAUGUGUCCAAAUCCAUGUCAAGGAGCAAGUUGUCCUGUUGGAUGUCAACUAAUUAUGAAUCAACAACAACAAAAACAACCACAAAUGUGCCCUCAACCAUGUGUACCACCUUCAUGUCCGUCAUUUUGUCCACAAACAUUAGCCAGUACACCAAUAAUGUGUCCAUAUCCGUGUCAAGGAGCAAGUUGUCCUAUAGGAUGUCAAUUAUCAAUGCAGAACCAAUUUUGUCCACAACCUUGUGCUGCACCAUCCUGCCCAUUACAUUGCCCACAAACAAUGUCAAGUAUGCCAUCGGCUUGCCCUUUUCCAUGUUUAGGUGCAGCUUGCCCUGUUGGCUGUCAAUUAUCUACAGUUCAGCAGCCACAAAUGUGCCCUCAACCGUGUCAGUCGCCAUUUUGUCCAAAUCACUGUCCUCAAACAAUGAAUACAUAUCCUUCUCUUUGUCCUUAUCCAUGCCAAGGCUCAUCUUGUCCUAGUGGAUGCAAUUCACAAUGGGACAUUCCUUCUAUAAUACGUCAAGCAAUGCAAACAAUACAACCAAAAAUUACUGAUUUUAUGAACAGAAUGUGUCCACAAAUUUGUCCAGCUUCCAACUGCCCACCAGGUUGUCCUCAAACGCAGACAUUACUACCUCAGAACAUGUGUCCUCAACCUUGUGUUCCGCCUACUUGUCCAAUAAAUUGUCCAAUAACAAACAAUAUAUCACCUAGUAUGUGUCCUUUACCAUGUCAAGGAUCCUCUUGCCCACAAGGCUGUCAACAGCAACAAAUGUUACCACUUCAAAAUUGCCCUAUUGAGUGUCCUUCUAAAGACGUAUGUCCUAAUGGUUGUCCAACUCGCAAUAUCUGUACAUGUAAAAUAAAUAAAAAGUAUAAAGAUUGUGACUGUCAAAAUAAGUUAUCUAAAAAAGAUACAGAAAUAAGUAACAAUGAAGAUGAAAAUGCUAAUUCAAAAAAUGAUUUUGAGGAUUCAAAUGAUGAUGAAAAUGACUAAGUACGUUGGGAGGUAACAUUGUUUUUUCUAUCAUCCCAAUUGUACAGAAACAUAAUUUAUAGCCAUAUAUAGAUACCAUGGUUGCACUAUUUUUUUUUUCGCACAGAAUUUGUACUGAUGUUGCACUGUGUUUGUAUUGUCUUUACAUGAAAGCUUGUAUAGUAUUUAUUAAAUGUCGCUAUUUGCAUA